GCCUGAUUAUCAGUGAGCAGCAGAAAUCACAGAGGCUCUGUGCGCUUUACGACAGGCAGUGAGUAAAGGUUUAACUUAAUGAACUCCCAGACCUGCUGCUUUUUAGAGAAGGUAUAAAGACAGAAAGUGAGGAGCAAAUCUUCCACGCUGUGUGCGCUGAACUCCCUUGUCUCUACACACUCACAAAAGGUGGGUAGGAGAUGGAGUCCGGUGAAGCUACUGUACAGUACAACCGAUGGAAUGAGGACAACAUUAACAUGAACGUAGCUGCUUCUCAGACGAGUCUGAACGGGAUCUAUAAUAAACUGUGCACUGGACAGCUGGGUGUGGUUGUGAGAGUGGCAGGCUCGCUGGCUGUAAUGGCUUCCAUGUACAUUCUCGGCUACGUCACUGGAUACUACGUCCAUAAAUGCUGACACUGUCCAAGACAUUUCGCUGUUGUGGCCUGCAGCGUACGAUGAAUAAA